CGGCGGACUGCGGCGGCCGCGGUGCUGCUGGUGGAGAUGCUCGAGCGCAGCGCCUUCUUCGGGGUCUCAGCCAACCUGGUGCUCUAUCUCAACAGCGCCAACUUCAACUGGGCCGGCCAGCAGGCCUCGCGCGCUGCGCUCAUCUUCCUGGGCGCCUCCUACCUGCUGGCGCCCGUGGGCGGCUGGCUGGCCGACGUGUACCUGGGCCGCUACCUGGCCGUGGCGCUCAGUCUGCUGCUCUACUUCGCAGCCUCCAGCCUGCUGCCCAUCACCGCCUUCUCCGACGGCCGCAGCUCCUUCUGCGGCGACGUGCCCGCCACGCGCCUCGGGCCCGCCUGCCCCGGGCAGGGCUGCCCGCCCGCCUCACCCAGCCCCUACUGCGCACCCACCCUCUACGCCGCGCUGCUGCUGCUCGCCCUGGCCGCCAGCUCCGUCAGGACCAACCUGACCUCCUUCGGCGCCGACCAGGUUUUGGAUCUUGGCCGCAAUGCCACCCAACGCUUCUUCAACUGGUUUUACUGGAGCAUUAACCUGGGGGCGGUGCUGUCCCUGUUCGUGGUCGCCUUUGUGCAGCAGAACAUCAGCUUCCUGCUGGGCUACAGCAUCGUCGUGGGCUGUGUGGGCCUGGCCUUCUUCAUCUUCCUCUUUGCCACCCCUGUCUUCAUCACCAAGCCCCCCAUGGGCAGCCAAGUGUCCUCCAUGCUGAAGCUGGCCCUCCAAAACUGCUGCCCUCAGCUGUGUCACCGACACUUUGCCCGAGACCCACAAGGUGCACAACUACUCCCUGACCAAAGGCAUGCCCAGCCCGGCCCCUCCCCGCAAGAAGACAUCGCUAACUUCCAGGUGCUGGUGAAGCUCUUGCCUGUCAUGGUGACCCUGGUGCCCUACUGGAUGGUGUACUUCCAGAUGCAGUCCACGUAUGUCCUGCAGGGUCUCCACCUCCACAUCCCCAACAUCUUCCAAGCGAGCCCUGCCAAUAUCUCCACAGCCCUGCGCGCCCUGCCGAACAGCUACACGAUCCCGCAAGCCUGGCUCCUCCUGGCCAACGUGGUGGUCGUGGUAAUCCUGGUCCCAGUAAAGGACCAUUUACUGGAUCCCUUCCUGGUUCGGCACAACGUGCUUCCCUCGACUCUGAGGAAGAUGGUGCUGGGGAUGUUCUUUGGCUUUACUUCUGUCAUUGUGGCAGGCAUCCUGGAGAUGGAGCGCUUACAGUACAUCCACCACAAUGAGACGGUGCCCCAGCAGAUUGGCCAGGACACGUACUAUGCUGCGCCACUGUCCAUCGGCUGGCAGAUCCCCCAGUACCUGCUCAUCGGCAUCAGUGAGAUUUUCGCCAGCAUCCCAGGCCUCGAGUUCGCCUACUCAGAGGCCCCCCGGGCCAUGAAGGGGGCCGUCAUGGGCAUCUUCUUCUGCUUGUCCGGGGUGGGCUCACUGCUGGGCUCCGGCCUGGUGGCCCUGCUGACCCUGCCGAGGGGCUGGCUGCAUUGCCCAGAGGACUUUGGGAACAUCAACAAUUGCCGGAUGGACCUCUACUUCUUCCUGCUGGCCGGGAUCCAGGCUGCCACGGCCCUCUUAUUCCUCUGGAUUUCUCACCGCUAUGAGCGGGUGGUCCAGAACCCCACCUCCCAACACCAGGCUAGCAGGGACAGGGGCUGACCAUGCCCCCACCCCGACUCUGCUGGGCACAAGAGACAGCCACUGACAUGACUACGAUUCCCUUCUGGCUUUAUUCUGUAUCCACCACGGAAUGAAAUGGUUCCCAUAAAUAAGGGACAUGAGCCCUUCCUCA